GGUACUCGAUGUGCUCCCGCUUGUCACCCGCAGAGGCGUUAUAUCUGUGCACUGCACUGCAAAAUACGGUUGUUGGUGAAUGUUGUGGAAGUGACUUCAUCGCGAUGAACCUGGAACAAAUAUUGACGGCAGCAAAGUGUAUUGAUCUUGGCUACAAGGAGGUUGCAUUGCUACUUAUAGCCUAUUAGGAAGUCUCCGAAACUGUAUAGCGCAUGGUUUUCAUCUAUCAACAAGCUUGUCC